AUGGAAAAUCUGCCCAAUGAAAUUCUCAUUCACAUAUUUUCCUUCCACCAAUUUGACUUUAUUGAUUUAAAUCAAUCUGCACCUUCUCCACAUAAUCAAACCAUUUCAACUCUCUUUCAAUUCUUGAUGAAUUUGACUGAUGACAAGGCUUUGGAUAUAUAUAAAGGAGAGAAUAAUGUUACUUCCGAUACUAAUACUAGUAUUGAUCAAGAACAAUUUCCUGAUUCCGAUCGCAAAUCUCUGCAUAAAUUAUUUAAUUAUUAUGAUCCUAGUUCGUAUGAUAAGGAAGCCUACUUACUCUAUCAGAGAUACUCAAAUGUUGAUGUGGGUUCCAUUAGAGAGGAGUGGUUUGAGAAUGAGAAUAGACAAAAUAAUAUUGAAAUAUUGUUUUCAUCAUCAGAGUCUAAAUGGUCGAAUAAUAGUGAGAGUUAUAAUGAUCGAUUGAAUUUACUGCACGAAUGUGUCAGAGAUAAGAAGAAGUUUUUACAAAGUUUCAAUAUUGCCUUUAUGAAUUUGCUGAUAGUGCAUCAGACAUUUGGAAUUGGAUUUUUGGGGCAGUUUUUAGUGAAAUAUAUUCAUCAUUAUCCAUUGGUGUAUUGUAAUUUGAGUUUAGUUUCUAGGCAGUGGAAGGAAGCAGCUGAUAAUCAAAGUUUGUGGGAAGUUUCUACUGGCAUGCUUCAACAAUUAUUAAGAUUAAGAUCUGAUUUGGAAUUUAUUAGAAAGAAGCUGUUUUCUAGAAUGGAUAGUCAACUGGAUAUGAGUGCUGAUGAAAAUAAUUAUUAUUCUUUGAAAACUCCACACGAUUCAGGUCUGAAAAGAUUUCAGGUAGAUGAAAAUUGUUCCAUUAGACAAAGAUUUAUAAUACUGUCGAGAUAUAAUACUUUGUAA